UAUUAAUAGUACACUGGUAAAGCACUAUUUGUUGUAGUGUAACAAUUAAUUACCGGUGGUGGAACCAGAGUACCAGUACCAGAGAAACUGGUAAUCAAGCUCCGAUUGAAGUUUUACAAGAGAAAGAGCGGGCCUCUUACUGGCUACUAACGUACUAGUGGCUAGAGUAGCGGUACCAGUAGAAGUCUACGUGAACCACGAACUAUCGCCUUUGACACGUCACAAAAAUGUUCACGUUCUGUAGAAAAAAUAGGGUUCGAGCUCAAUAGUUGAAUCCACGAUUGAAUGGCGAGAGACCUUCAAAGAUACAGACAGAUCGAAGCAGGACAUGGAGAUGUUGGGUGCAGUGCUGCAUGUUUGCGAACAACCCAUUCAUCGUCAACAACAGCUUCCCUCUAACUAGCUAGCUAGCAAACCCGUAAAGCCAACGACAUGAAGAGUAUUUCGACAUUGCAGGUUUCCUGCCGCAAGCUUCGUUCGCUUCUUGGCCAAUCAAGGCAAGUCCAACCCAUUUGUCUAACAAGCUGUCGUCAGUUUUGGACGUCCCCAACGUCCACAAGCAAAAAGGAACAAACCAGAUCGGGUCUUCUUGUCCGGAGAUUCAUCAAUCCAUGGAUUGAUGCUGUUUCGCAGAGGGAUCCAGUUAUCUUGUCAGAAAGAAUUGAUCGAUAUACCGAAGGAUUUGCCGUUGUCUCUACCUUGCUGUGCGCCUUGAGUGCAGCUGCUUUGGCCAAUAUUCCAUCGCAACCACAACAACACGACAAAGACUGCAAGUCGUCGUCCGUCUUGACUUCUUUACUCAAAGGAACAGGGCUUUUCCCACUGACACCAUCCGCGGAAGCCAAAAUUCUUCACGAUGCCUACGCUAUUGCGUGUUCUACAUCCUUCUUUUCUGCAGCCUGUGCCCUCGGUUUGUCCACGGUCCUCAAUGUGGUGGGGACUGUGGCUCCCCGAAUCUAUGUGCAAAGUGGUUUGAUUAUUCGACAUUCAUUGGCCCUGGGGUCUAUACCCUUGUUUGCGACGAUAUCAGGAGGGUGCAUUGGGUUGGCUCUGGUCAUUGGAAUCGAUAUGGCUUCGUGUAGUCCACUCUUGACGUAUAUUGCAUUGGGACAGUUGAGUUUCACCGUUAGUCUGGUGGCAGGCACGGCAUUGAGGGCACAGAUUGGUUUAGUCAGGGCCAUUACAGCAGCGGACAACCGCAACAAUAAGCAGAGACGAAAAAUAAAAGGCAGGCAAUAACAAAAUGGCCAAAUGAGAGGAAACAGUACGGUACGACCAACAGAAAGAUACCGGUAUCCAGGUAUAGGGAUACAUACCGGUACCCAUGUACGGUGAUUGGUUGGGU